GGACUCUUUCGCGCAUGCAUCGAAGGCAGACAGACAGACAGACAGACGGACACAAGGGCACCAAACCAAUUUUGCAUCUUGUCAUUAUUACGUAUCUCCAAAUACCUACACACACACACAAACACUCUUCUAGGAUACCUAUUAGAUAUAACCAUUGUGCAACUAAGACCUGCCACUCCCAAAAAAAAACAAGGCUCUAGAGAAAAAUAUCAAAGACAC